AUGCAGCGGACCAGGAGCUACUCGGCCGCCAAGGCACGCGGGCAGACUCGGUCCCGAGCCUCCGGGACGCCCCCGGCCGCGCCCCCGGCCCCCGGCGCCAGCCGCGCCCGGCGCUCGGCGAGCCAGGCCGGGGGCGAGAGCGGGGCGGCGGCGAGGCAGCCGUCGGCGAAGCCGCGGCCGAAGCAGUCGUCGCCGCGGGCCCAGGAGGCGGGCCCCGGGCAGGCGCCGCCGGAGCUGCCGCUGCUCCCGCUGCCGACCUCCGCCAGCCCGGCGGCCUCGCUGCCCGACCUGGGCGACCAGCGGGAGCGCUGGGAGACGUUCCAGAAGCGGCAGAGGCUCACCUUCGAGGGCGCCGCCAAGCUGCUGCUGGACACCUUUGAAUACCAGGGCCUGGUGAAGCAUACGGGAGGAUGCCACUGUGGAGCGGUUCGCUUUGAAGUUUGGGCCUCAGCCGACUUGCACAUCUUUGACUGCAACUGCAGCAUUUGUAAGAAGAAGCAGAAUAGACACUUCAUUGUCCCGGCUUCUCGCUUCAAGCUCCUGAAGGGAGCCGAGAGCAUAACCACAUACACGUUCAACACGCACAAAGCCCAGCACACCUUCUGUAAGAGAUGUGGCGUUCAGAGCUUUUACACUCCCCGCUCAAACCCUGGAGGCUUCGGGAUUGCCCCACACUGCCUUGACGAGGGCACCGUGCGGAGCGUGGUCAUUGAGGAGUUCAAUGGCACCGAUUGGGAAAAGGCCAUGAAGGAGCACAAGACCAUCAAGAACAUGUCUAAGGAGUGAGCUCCUGCUUCUCCCUUCCUGAGACAGAGGAACGACUGGGGCCAGCAGCCGGAUCGCGCUGUCCCCACCGCACCCAGUGCCUGUGACUGUGGCUGCCCCAGACCCCUGGGCCCGUUGGCCAGCAGCCCCCCUCAUCUCUGCAUUUUGCUCAGCUACCAACUUAUCUAGGCAGCUCUUUGUCCUUUCAGCCCAGAUUUUGAUGUAGGUUAGUCGACAUCCUUUCUCUUCUCAACUUUUGUGUGAUCUUUUAGAAGAAUAAAUAUUUUUAACAUGAAA